UCCAGAAGCACGUGGUGCCCGCCAUUUUGUCAGCCCGCAGGGCCGGCGUGGCGGCCGAUUUGGUGUAGCCCCCUGUCCCCCGGCUCUGAGCGGAUUCCCCCCUCCCCCGGGGGAAUGGAUGGAAAGGAGGCUGCAGGUACCGGCAGGGCCUCAGAGCCGGGAUGGGGGCGGGGGGGUUUAGAUGCGGGUGAAAUGUGGGGAAAAAGGAAACUGAACUGAUCCGUGGAAAACAUUAAAAAAAUGGAACUUGGAUCGGGCGGGAUAAAAGCAAAAAAAAACUUGCGGAGGCUGGAAUUCCGAACCAAAAAUAAAAAUACCUGGAAAAACUCAGCAGGUCUGACAGCGUCUGUGGAGAGGAAAACAGGGAACGUUUCAAGUCCGAACGAUUCUUCAACAGAAGCACACAACUUACAGAAACUACUCCUGUUGCUGCUGCUCAAUGUUGUUGCUGCUGUUUCAGGUGACUCGCCUGUCCCAGUUUCUGGGUUCCUUGGGGAGCAGGUUGUGCUGCCCUGUACCUACAAAGUGAAUGUCCCAGUCUCUGAUUUACUGGUAGUCUGGGAGACAGCCAAGGGUAAAAUUUUACACAAGUUCAUCGCUGGGAACGAGGAUUUGACAGAACAAGAUCCACGAUUCAGAAACAGAACAAACCUGUUCAAAGAUCAACUGGGACGAGGCAACUGGCCAGUUCUGAUAUCUGACCUCAGGGAGUCAGACCAGAACCAGUAUAUAUGUGACAUUUACAAGUGGAUAUCUGUGGAUUAUAAAUGGAAGCAAACUGAUAUCAUCCAUCUUUCUGUGACAGAGCGACCUCAAACACCUGUACCGACCACGUCUGUACCAGAUUCUGGGCUCUCGACUGGAGCAAGAGUGGGAUUGGGAAUUGGAAUUCUCGUUUUUCUUGCUGCAGUUAUUGGUUUUGUCAUCCGAAAGUGGCAAAGACGGAAUCGACACUCGAAUAAUCGAAAUGAAGCAUCUAAGGAUGUCCCUUUCACAGGGGUGAGCUGUCCAGGUGAAGGACGGGGCCAUGUGACAACAGCACCUGAGCAUCAGGAUGGAGAAGAAAACCUUGUGGGGAACAGGACUGUCCAGCACUGACUGAGUUUCCCCAGCACUGAGCCUGUGUCAGGGAGGGGAAAAUCAGCCCAGAAUGGAUGAUUGUUACAUAUGAACGUAUAACCCUCUGCGCUGUGGAGGUUCCCCCCCUCAUCGCCACCGCUGCCCUGCAGGGGCCAGCCCUCUCCCCACCCCCAACGUCAUGCAGAGGAUCUCUCCCGACACGCCAGGGCAGCCCACCGAGGCAGCCGCACCCCACCCCCACAAUGAGGCACUGAGGUCUAAGUGCUGAGGGAUGUAUUAGAGUUUGGGGGCAGCCGCCACAAAGGCACAAUGGGGAAAGGUCGCUGUCUAAGACCUUUCAGCUACAGUGCACCGAGGGGCUGGGAACUGUAUAGACUCGGGCUGUACGACUCAGAUGGAAAGUAUACAGUGAAUACUAAAUAUAUCAUAAUUGUAUUGAAGCACCUCAGAGUGUUAACAUGAUGUAUGGCGAUAACGUGAAUAGCUUUGCACUGUCUGACUCUCUGUAAUGACCAUAUUGAAAUGUCUGUAAUAUUGAUUCUAUUGAAACACCUCAUGACCUGUGUGGAAAAGUGGAAUAUGAUUGCAUUUUUUGUGAUGGCCAUUUUGAAAUGUCUUUUAUAAUGUUCUUUCAAAUAUUUUAUGAAGUUAUAUUGUUCCAAAUAAAAAUUUUGUAUUUCAUAUCUUCAAAA